GGAUAAGAACCAACUCCUUCCUCGAUUCUCCUAUUCUUGGGACCAUUAAAAAUACUCCGGAUCAAAGCCGAUUUCCUGCUUCUGGUCGGAGCGAGAUGAGCUCCCACGUCCUCGUUGAGCUAUCGAUAAUUUUCGAUCCGACACUCAAGUGUAUCGUUUAAAAAAAGCUUUACAGCCAUCCAAGAGCGUCUCAGCCAGUCAUAAGCGGACUUGCCUACACUCCAUCAAGCCAAGCUCAACCAUGGCAGACACCAUGCGCUCAGGUCUGUUCAUCGACACGGACUUGCCUCGUCAAGCAAAGACCCACGCCAAGACCAACGUGGCACCUGCUGGACUCCUCGAACGAGCGUCAAAAAUCCUGUCCGCCCACUUGAACGGAGUGACUGAAGACGGCAAGAAAGACGGGACCCCCACAUCCGAAGUCACGAGUCCGACAUGGGGCAAUACCAUCCGCAAGGAACCUUUCCAAGACAUGGACAUGUUGGAAAGCGGCCACGCUCGGGAAUACCUCGCUGAAGAGUGUCUAAGCCCUACUCAAGCCAAGGCGUGGACGUACUCUACCGUAGAACGUACUAACAAGAAUCAGUACAAAAUGUACUGGAACAACGACCAAUUCUUGCUCAGCGCCAAGCAGAUCGGCGGCACCUUUUACAUAUCGCAGUAUGAGAACUUCCCCGAUACGGAAGACGCUGAAGAACCCACUGGACACUACUGUGCGGUGCUACGUAAGGCCACUGAUAACAACUUUAAACUCUACAGUUGCGGGUGCGAAGGUUGCGACCAGAGUUUCAACACCUUCACGUGCAGUAACACCCACGAAGACGCCACCGCUGCAGCCGUCGAAGGUGCCGAUCGUCAACUUCUUGCCGAUAUCUCGCACUUCACUAAAGCUGCGGGGGUUGUGGGCUCCGAGAUGCGCUGCUUUUCGGUGAUUAUCCCGGCGAUUAUGGAAGAUAAACGGUCUCGCGUUGUGUGGUGUCCUCGAGUCAGUCGAGCCGUGACGUCGUCGGGGGGUACGCCUAGGGGUACACCGAGAGCUCGUCUCCUGACGUCGCCGUCUCCACGUAAUAAACGCCAGCACAUUUUCACCUUCGACACGCCGACAAGCGACCGGAUCAAGAUCGGAAGUAAAUUACCGGUUUGGUGCCCGGAAGUCAACUCGCUCAUGUUAAAAUUUCACGGUGGGCGCAUCCGUGAAGCUUCGGCCAAGAAUUUCAUGCUCAUGCUCGAGGAAGAAUCCGCUGGGACGCUUGCCAGUCCAGUACCGGACCCGACAGGAAAUAAUCGCGUGGUCAUGCAGUUCGGUAAGUUUUCCAAGUCCAAGUUUGCACUCGAUUUCCGGUUCCCAUUGGCUCCGAUCCAAGCCUUCGCGAUCGGAUUGUCCUCAUGCGCUUGGAACGUUAAGGCCUCGACAUGAGGUAAAACAGAAUGUAUAUCAUACCCUAGAUGAAGUAAAUCUAGGAAUGAAAAUACCUAUCUGCAAAAAAAAAAUAAUUUACUAGGCAAUGCAUUGAAAAUGUACUGAAUUUAUGAAGUUA